GCUGUCCCUGCUGUCCCUGCGUGCUGUGUUAUUGGACGGUCCCUCCAGUCGUUACCAGGGGCGUGGAUCCAAGCGAGCUGAAUGGGAAACACAUUGGCGUGCUUCACCGUUGUAUUAACCUAAAGAGAAAAAAGCAAGGGGUGGAAGAGACACGAUGACAAGCUGAAGCAGUUUUUUAAUUGCUGAAGGGACGACAGGCUGAAACUAAAAAAAAAAAAAAAAAAAAAAAUCACCCCCGUGUGUGUUAAAGCUUAAAGCGGUUGGGCUUUUUAACUACACCACGCUCCGCAUACGGCAGCUCCGGAGAAGCGGCGGCGGAGAGACACGGCAUCUGCAACCGAGGGAGAGGAGAGGAGAGGGAUGCGGGGAGAUAAAAUAGCGUGUGUUUUUUUUAUCUCUCCUACGCCAAAAUGGGGUCUGUUUUCAGUUCGCAAACACUGAGUUGAAUCUGAAUUUAUUUAUUUAGUCGUGUUUUGGGGUGGCUGUUGUGUGUGAGAAUGGGGGAUAAUAUGCAGAUAGGGCGUUUUUAAAGUCCACCUUUUUUUUUGGCCGUGGACAAACGGCUAACGUUAGCGAGGUUUAUUUUUCUUUCCCCGUAAAUACGGUGUGUCGUUGUACCGCUGGUGUGAGUUUUUUUGUCCGUUUUUCUUCGCUUUUUGGAAAAAAAGUAAGCUCUUGAUUAUCGGAUGAAAUCUCGUCUGUGUCAUCCAUCCCGGUGUUGUUAGGGGCCUCUGCUGGCAAACUGCGUCACCGAGUGGGCGCUGCAGGUAUUCAUCUCUUAAAAAAAAAAAAAAAAAAUCUGCAUGUUGGGCAGUCUAGCCAUGGCACGAAUGACCUGGAAACCAAAGUGACUCAACUUUUAAAUCACCAUGGAGCCGGAGGCCAAUUCAAACUCCGAGCGCCACCAAGAACUCAAAUAUCCAUCUGUACCCAAAUCUCAGUGUGACAUGACCAUGAAUAUGUAUGAGGCCGUGAGUGAUGGAAAUGUCAACCUUGUGGAUCCGGUAGUGAGAGGUGGGAGUGACCCCAGUGCAUAUCCUUCCUCCAGUUAUCAGAGAAAUGUGCAUCAGAGAUUCAUCAGGAGGAGUCUGUGGUUCUCGGACACAGAUGAGCAAGCAUUUGAAGCGCCCGAGUGUGAUAACAGGAGUAAGAUCCUAAACAUAAACCUGCGGACAAUAGUGGACAGGACGCGGGGGACUAGUAGCGGGAUACAAGAAGGAUCCAGCACUGAAAGUCAAGGUGGGCAAAAAGACAGUGCAACGGAGAGUGCCAGUGCCGAUGAGGAGAAGGAGAAAGGUGGAGAUGCAUUAAAUCUGACAUGCAAUGAGGCUGGCAAAGCCGCUAUCAAGGCAGCCAGUGAGGAGAACGAGGAGGAGGCCGAGAUGAAAGCGGUCUCAACGUCUCCAGGAGGAAGAUUCCUCAAAUUUGACAUUGAGCUGGGGAGAGGGUCCUUCAAGACGGUCUACAAGGGCCUGGAUACUGAGACCUGGGUGGAAGUUGCCUGGUGUGAACUGCAGGAUCGUAAGCUGUCAAAAGUGGAACGUCAGCGCUUUAAGGAGGAGGCAGAGAUGUUGAAGGGUCUUCAGCAUCCCAACAUUGUCCGUUUCUAUGACUUUUGGGAGUCACCCCUUAAAGGGAAGAAGUGUAUUGUUUUAGUAACAGAGCUCAUGACAUCAGGAACACUAAAAACCUAUCUGAAGCGUUUCAAAGUAAUGAAACCCAAGGUACUGAGGAGCUGGUGCAGACAGAUCCUGAAAGGCCUUCACUUUCUCCACACCAGGACCCCUCCCAUCAUCCAUAGGGACCUCAAAUGUGAUAACAUCUUUAUCACUGGACCUACAGGCUCAGUCAAGAUAGGGGAUUUAGGACUGGCAACACUAAAGGCGGCUUCCUUUGCCAAGAGCGUCAUAGGCACACCAGAGUUCAUGGCUCCAGAGAUGUAUGAGGAACACUAUGAUGAGGCUGUGGAUGUCUACGCUUUUGGCAUGUGUAUGCUGGAGAUGGCCACCUCAGAGUAUCCCUACUCCGAGUGUCAAAAUGCUGCUCAGAUAUACCGCAAAGUCACCAGUGGAGUGAAGCCAGCCAGCUACAACAAGGUCAUGGAUCCUGAAAUCAAGGAGAUUAUUGGGGAGUGUAUCUGCCAAAAGAAAGAGGAGCGGUACACCAUCAAGGACCUGUUGAACCACGCUUUCUUUGCUGAAGACACGGGUGUAAGAGUGGAGCUAGCUGAGGAGGACGAUGGGAAAAAGGCCUCGAUAGCCCUGAAACUGUGGGUGGAAGACCACAAGAAGUUAAAAGGGAAGUACAAGGAGAGUGGAGCCAUCGAGUUUACAUUUGACCUGGAAAAAGAGGUCCCUGAGGUUGUGGCACAAGAGAUGGUGGAGUCUGGCUUCUUCCACGAGAGUGAUGCUAAGACUGUGGGAAAGUCGAUCAGGGACCGCGUGGCACUGAUCAAAUGGAGAAGGGAGAGAAUGGUGUCUGCUGCAGCUGCAGUGGAUCAAGGUGAAGGGGGGCACAGGAUCCAGAUGACACCGUCUCAGGGCAUAUCUGCUGGGGCUGCACAUGUAGGACAGCCUAUGCUGGAACCAGAAGAACCAGAGGCAGACCAGCACAACAGGCUGCGAAACCUGCCAACCAGUGCCACCUCAGUGACAUCAGACGGCACACUUGACAGUGGCAUGGGUUCCACUGUGUACUCCGACUGCCACAGCAGCCAACAGAGUGUCCUCUACCAGUCCCUGCUGGAGCCUAUUACUAUGGCAACACAGCAGUGCCAGAGCAGUAGCCCUUUACCGACAGCUCGACCUCACUCCUGUGAAAAACGUGAAGUAUGGGAGACAACGAUGAGCCCAGAGCUCAGGACUGGCUUGGGAGCUGCAGCCCGGAGAGGAAGUGCCCCUGUUCUUAACACUCAGAGGGCAAACCACAUUGCUCAACUCCCUGCUCUGAUUCAGUCUCAGAGAUCAAUAAGUCCCACCCCCACAGUACCAGAGAACCAGUCAGUACACAGCCCCACUGGGCUUCACUCGGAGUCUAAGGAUGGGUUCCCCUCUCAUAGUGCUCUGCCACUACUGCAGGUCUCCCCUGUCUCUUCACCUUCUGAGUACCGCCGCCUCAGUGACACCAGCAUCAGGCCGUCGUCAGAGGCCACGAGUGAGAACUUACCGCUGCCUGUGUCAAGUGGACGCAGACACUCUGACCUCAGUAGUCUCCUGAGUGUAACCUCUCAUCAUAACCACCAUUUUACAAUGCAUCGAAACCACGUGUGCCAGGCCUGCCUCUCUUUGUUUCUUCUGAGGUCACAGGAAGUAGGCCACCACUAUUCUUCUGUUGUCAUGCCAACACACCACUGUCCAUGUGACUUUAGACACCACCCAUCCUCUGGUGGAACAUUGAGCACCCCUGGUUAUGGACGGCUGAAAGGUUCAAGUGAUUGUUCUGAUUUCUCACUGCUUCAGCAGUCGCUUUUCAAUAUAAUCAGCCGCAAACCUGCUCCUUGUCACACCGCACCCACCCAGGUGCUGCACUCCUCAGCCGCCCACAGGCCUGCCUGCAGUGAUGCAGACAGCAGCCUGAAGAGUCAUCUCCUGAGUGGCAGUUUGGUUGGAGACCAAGAGCCCCUUCGGGACUGCGAGGAUAGAUUCUGUGCCAGAGCGCAGCAACUUCCCAAGGCUGUGGGAGUGGCCAGCUCGGCAGGCCACCAGAAUCAACAAUCUAUCCAGGGCCUGGCCUCUUCCAGCACACCAGUGCACGUGCCACUGCAGUACGUCCAGCCUGGACAGAGCUACCCUGCUGCUCCAUAUACUGGCCAACACAGUGCUGCAACACCAGCUCCAGCAAGUCUAUGCUCAGUCAACAUCCAGCAUACAGUCAGUGCUGCUAGCUACACACCUCCAAGUGUGCAACAGACCCAAACUGCAGCAAGUAUUUCAGCAUCAGCUGUGCCACAACACGUUGUACAGAACUACCAAGCACCAGGCCACCAACAGCAGCAGGCGACAGCAGCAAGCUCUUUGACUUUUCCUUUGAAAGGCCAACAAACCUGUCAGAACUGUGUGGCUCCAACUCAACAACAGGCUCACUCUGCAUCAGGAUAUCCUGCUUCAGUCCAGCAACACACCUCGGCAGCAGCAACCACCCUGCCAGCACAGCAGCCAGCACAAAGCUUCCCUCUUGCAUCUGUAGCCCCAGCUAUGGCAGCCACAGCCCAGUGUCAUCCUGCACAAGCUCCCAGCGCACUGCAACAGGUGCAAGCUGCAGUGAGUCUGCAAAAUCAGCAGCCUGGUCAGAGCUCCUCCACACCAGCACUUUAUAACCAACAGAUACCUAUUCAGCAAGAGCACCAACAGCCCUUACUGCAAAAUACUCAGUCCAAUAUACAACUAACACAGCAUGCUGGGCAGGCUUAUAUUCAGCCUCAGCUCCAGCACAGCCAAGAGACUCUGCAUAGCAUACACCAACAAAUGACACAACAGCCUACCCACCAUGCUCAAAGUGUUCAGUCUCCUGCUCAGCAACAAGUGCACAUCACAACUCUACAGAAGCACAGUCAGAAAACCAUGCAGACGGUAGUCCGACAGCAGAGCCAUGACGUAUCGCAGUCUCCAGUCCAACAGGUUCAGACCCCAGCUUCUCAACCUCAUCCUACAGCAGCCCCGGUUGUGCAGCUUGCAGCCACACACCAGAGUUAUCCCCCUGCUGGUCUACCUGAUCCUGCCUCUCAGAGCUAUGCACAUUGUACCCUCAAUGUGCUCCAACAACAGACUGCUUCAGCUCAGACCCAAUAUCUACCUGCACAGUCUACUGCUGCUCCUCAGACGUAUGGGGGAGCUAACCAGUUAGUGACUCCUCAGAGCCAUCCAGCCCCUUCCCAGCAUAUCCAGGCUGCACAUAUCACCCAACAGUUUCAACCCUAUCUUUGCAUCGCUGCUUUCCAGAAUCAGAGUGUUCCUGCUGGCCAAAACAUUUCACAACUUGGACAAGACGGACAAGUCCACGGGCAGAAUCUUAGCCAAUUAGCUUCAAGUGUGCCAGCCCAGGCACUUCCUCCUCAACAGUCGGUGGCUCAGGCUGCUGUCCACCAACAACUCCAGUCUCUGCAGAUUUCAAACAAUCUACCACCAACACACACAUCCCAGUAUCCCACAGUCCAGGUGAUGACAGCUGUGACUGACAGUGAAUCUUCCUACCCUCACUCGUGCACUGCCCCUCACCCUUCAACUUCCUCCACUCUUAACCACAUGUUUCUUUCUCCUGGACAGACUCUCCCUGUGACUCCCUCUGUCUCUCCCAUUUCUCCUAUGCACACUGAAAACAUGUUAGUUUCACCCAUUCCUGUGUCCCUCAUACCAUUCCCCUCACCUGUGCUUGGCAAGGUGGGACCUACAUCGCCACAGCACCAGCCCUCUGCUGCUCUGCAGCAGAGUGUCAGAUCCGAAACUUCUCAUUCGCAACCUGCAUUCAUAUCAGCACUAACAACCCAUCCCUUAUACACACACACUGGCCCGUCCCAGAACACACACCCUCCCACAAAUGGCAGCACUCAGCCUCUGAUACAGCAGGUUCCCCCGCAGACCCAGGUCAGCCAUCCUGAGCUUGCCCCCACUGCUCAGCUCACCCAGCCUGCAGUCUUCUCCUCACCUGCGCAGAAUGGGUCAGACCUGGGCACAGCCACCACUGCAGCCCAGCUGGACAAGAGCCCGUGCCAGCUGCCACUGCAGGGCCCGUCCCAGAGUCAGAUCCAGAGCCAGAUUCCUGUGCUGCAGCCUUCUGAUUCUCAGAGAACAUCAUCUGGCUCUGCCAGUUCCAGUGUGACUCAUCAGAAACAGCUUAGUAGUCUCACAGGAGCUGCAGGUCAGGGUCCAACAGAGGCCAACACAGAGGAUCAAGCUACAGAGAAACACACUGGAGGACAGAGCUAUGACAGCGUCAACUCCGAUGCCACGUCAGGGAAGGAGAUGAGCGAUGGUUACGAGGGAACACAUGGUGGUAAAGGCGAGGCCAAAGUCCGCAAACACCACCGCAGGUCCACUCGCACUCGUUCUCGGCAAGAAAAGAUUAGCAGGCCAAAGCUCAGCAUGCUCAAUGUGUGUAACACUGGCGAUAAGAUGGUAGAGUGUCAGCUGGAAACUCACAACCAUAAAAUGGUCACUUUCAAGUUUGACCUGGACGGAGAUGCACCGGAAGAGAUUGCUACAUACAUGGUGGAGAAUGAUUUCAUUCUGCUUUUGGAAAAAGAAAUGUUUAUUGAGCAGCUGAAGGACAUUGUGGACAAAGCUGAGGAUAUGCUGAGUGAAGACGCUGAAGCUGAGAGGAACUCUGACCAAGGAGGCAGUCCCAAACAGAGCGAAGGAGCUGGCACGCUGGGAGCGGAGGGAUCGAAGGCUUCCACACCCAGCACCCCACAGCUGGUGUACCAGCAAAAUGUCCUCCACACUGGCAAGCGCUGGUUCAUCAUCUGCCCUGUGGCUGAAACGCCUAUGCUGGAGAAAGAGAAGACUACAUCUCAAACCUCUGCAGCGCAGGAAUCUGAAAAGACUGUGCCAUCAUCAGUCCUGUCCAACAGCAACACAACUGCAGUGACUACCCCAGCUGCAUCUUUGUCUUCCCAAAGUCCGUCCUCCUCCUUCUCUCAGCCCCCCGCUGCUCAGACCUCAGUGCAACCUCAAGACCAAAACAUUGACAAAGCUCGGAUCCAGCAAUCUCAGCCAUGUGUAUCUAAACAUACCAUUGGUGCUGCUGGUGCUAGCCAUCGCAACUCCCUUACUGUUGAAGAGCCUUGCAUCUCUGCUGUCUCUAUGGUAACGGACAUGCCAUGCUGUGCUAUUGUGCCACCUGUCUCUCUGGAUGUAAAUGCUAUUGAUAAAGGAGCCGCUGGAGGUUUGGCCUCUUCUCAGACUAAUCAACCUAACCAGAAGUCUAGUCCUACUGGAGAGCUACCCCCUCAGCUGGCCUCCCAUCAGUCCGUGGUCCUGCAGCAACCCUAUGCCACGCCAAUGCAGGCAGGGACAGUCACCUCCCAGCCCCAGAGUCCAGCACAUCAGCCCCCCCAGAACUUCCAGUCAUCAAGCCACCAGCAACCAGUGAGUGGAGGCCCAGGAGAGUCGGACAGCGAAGGGCCACGCAGGGUGGAGUUCGUUGACCGCACCAUCAAAACUUUGGAUGAGAAGCUGAGAAACCUGUUGUACCAGGAGCACACUCCCUCCCAGCCAUCCAGCGCUGCGCCUGACCCCCAGGCCUCCAGUACAGAGGGAGUCAGCUCACCUCCAGUCUCAGAUGGCCAGAGCACUGAGGGAGCACUUACAAAGAAGAAAGGGGAGCCACUGCCUCAGAUUCCUGAGCGCACAGAUAGCGUGGGGGCACUAAGUGACUCUGCAGUGGCAGCUGCUAACAGAGUCUUGAACAGACGAGAUGUGACCACCAGCUCCAAACACCGUUUUCAAAUCAUCCCUACUCCACCGGAUGUCAUCUGUCGUUUAGAGAAAAGCAAGACCAGCUGCAGCAGCUACAACUCCCCAGCACCCUCUAGUGGUUCUGGAGGGUCUCACAGCCAAAAUCAGGGCGAAGGGAGCAAAGAGAAGGGUGGCGUAGCUGUGGGCCAGUCUUCUGUGACAGCUGCAGCUGAUAAUGAGACAGCGGGAACAUCCAGACCACACUGUAGUCACCGUUACUCCGCGCCACCAAACUUCUACCAUGCCACCCCCACUUCCAGCCCAGAUCUCACUCCACGCCACAUGCCCCGGGCCCAGACCAUCGACACUCCAACCCAUCACCACUACCACCACUCCUCUCAUCUCUACUCUGACUCAGCAGAUGAGGACAGCAGCAGCGUAGCCCUCCCUCCGGCCCACCCCCCUCCGCCAGCUCACGCUCUGUCUGAGCACAGUGGAAGUGACCUCAUGAAGAGGGCAGUGGCCUUCCUGCGGCGAUCUGGUCGGAGCAAAAGUGAGCAGAGCUCCGAUUCACCGAACCGACAGCCCGUGGCAAUGAACGGUCACACUCCCUCGCCUUCUGCAGGACAUGCCCAUUCAUCCUACAUCAGCAGCGACAAUGACUCUGAGUUUGAGGAUGCAGAUAUGAGGAAAGAGCUGCAGAAACUGAGAGAAAAACACAUGAAGGAGAUCUCUGAGCUGCAGGCGUUCCAGAGGAAUGAAAUUGAGCAUCUGUACAAGGAGCUGGGAAAAACACUGCCCCCCAAUGUCGGCCUGCUUCAUGCCGCACCCCCAAGUGGCCGCAGGCGCAGGGCCAGCAAACACAAACUGAAGGCUGGAAAACUGUUAAAUCCAAUGGUGCAGCAGCUCAAAAACAAUCUCAACACCUCCACAGAGAGAAAAGGUGAAAGUGCUGCCAGUUCAUCCGGCUCCCCAGCUAAAAGUUCAGUUUUAUCAGAUGGCUCCGCCCACUCCAGUGGCAGCUCCAGCUCCAGCAAUCAGCCCGGCACCGCCCCAGAACAGGUUCACACCCAGCAACCCUGUUCUUUGAAGGGCUCGUUCUCCUCAGACAACAUCUACGCUGGGCUACACAGUGAUGGAAUGGCCAACCAAGCUGGUCCUGGCCAAGGCUGGACGGUUUACCACCAAACGUCAGAGAGAGUCACCUAUAAAUCUAGUAGCAAACCACGCACUAGAUUCCUCAGUGGACCUGUGUCUCUGUCCAUCUGGUCCACUCUGAAACGACUAUGUCUAGGCAAAGAGCGCAGUAGUAGGUCUUCUCUCAACACCACCACAGCUCAGACAGCCGCCAGUCAAACACAGCCUCCACUCACCACAGCCACGGCCUCACCAUCUCCUCAGCCAAUCACACGGCUCGCUCAGGUCCAGACCAACAACAGCAACAACAAGAGAGGCACGUUCACCGAUGACCUGCACAAACUGGUGGACGACUGGACAAAGGAAACCGUCGCGGCAGCCAAUCAACCUCGCCCCUCUCUGAACCAGAUCAAACAGCAGAGACGGCAGCAGGACCUGGAAGGCAGAGCGCCACUGAUGGGCGCGGCUUCACAUGAGAUGAAAUGCCACGUUGGUCCCAGUAAGUUCCAGCUGCCUCUCUCCUGCCCCCUGACUGCUGCUUUAAGCCCCGGUAUGCCCACAACCCUAGCGCCCAACUCCUCAGCAAUGCUCCCUCCUGGGUACAUUUUGCCAGCAGGCUCCUACGGCGGGAUGGUUCCUGGUCCUCUUUACCCCCAGCAGUGGCCUACCAUGCCUAGUCCUGUAGGAUCCAUGGGUCCCGUAGGCCUGCUCGGUGCUGCAAGAAUGAUGCCCUAUGCCACAAUAGCAAACCCAGGGAUGAAAGCCUACCCUCUGGUCAUGCACGACCCAGAGAGCGGCCCCUGUCCAAAAACCACAAGGACUACCUAAUCUGCUUACUGAAAUGUGUUGAAAUGUGUGUCUGGCUGGGAUAGUCCAACUCUGUUCUGUUUCACCAGAGCCACACAUGUAUAUAAUCUGUAAAUAACAUGAUGCGAGUGUUGAUAUUCUUUAUACAACACCUAUAUCUGUAAUUAAUUGUGUGUGUGUAUGAGUGUGUGGGUGGUGUGUGUGUGUGUGUACGUAUGUAUGUACAUGUUAAUGUCUGGAUACCUAAUGCUUUUUGGCUUUGGUCUUGACUAAACUCAGCCAUACAAGACAUUUUGUCUGCGGUCACGAAAAAACAUAUUUCACUUUAUUCUUUAUUCCGACAGUUUUCACAUUGAAUUAGCCUUUCUCUGUGUUACGUACACGUUAAACACUACAUUAGGGUCCAAAUACCAGUGGUUUGAGAUACAUGAACAAGACAGUAUUUAUGGAGGAGAUAUCUGAAGAAAUGUAGUGCCUUGAACAUUGAUUUACAGUAUAUAUAUAUUUUUCUUCUUCUGUGAAACAAAGCAUGUCUGCAUCCAAGUUAUUUUAUUUAUAUUAGCUUGAGUGCAGUCUCGCUUUUUUUUUAAUGCAUUACACACACUUGUUUUUGGUUUACAUAUGAAUGCCCUUGUAGUACUGCACUAGUAACACAGUAUAUGCUCUUAUUUAAAUAAUAAAAUCAUGUUUUAACCCUUGUUUACUUUCCACCCCUGUGACAGAUAGAAUGCCAUAGUGGUGAGAUGUACUGUUGCCUUGCAGAAACAAAUGGUUAAUGUGUGAACGAUGAGACUGAGAAGGAAUAAAAAGAAAUUUACGCCAGCAGCCAAAAUCUACUCUUUCAGGUCAAAUGGUUCAGUCGGACACAGCCCUUUUCUUUUUGAUCGGACAACUUGGUGUGUUGUAAGCCUUGUGCUCAGAGGAAAAAGGCAGUGUCCAGAGCCAUAUAUACUGUACAUAGUUCCUUCUACAGUAUAUGCCUCUGGUAGUGUUCUGAUCAGAAUGUAGCAAUUGUUAUGUGAAGGCUUGAGGCUUAAAAGUGCAAUUUAACCCCUCCACAAAGCUUUGAUCGUGGCCUUUGCCACAAGCCUUAUCUAUCUCUGAUGUGUGCGACAGGAGCAAGCUGAAAAAGUUGAACAAAAUCACAAAAGCAACAGAAGUUACCAGGCAAAAAUAUUUCUAAACAUAACUCUCAAAAUCACUACUGCUAAAUGUUCUUUCAACUUGGCUGUCCUAUUACUCAGCAUACACUGUAUGAAAAACGUUUUUUUUGUGCAAUCACUAGUUAAGUCUGACAUUUAUUAUUUUUUUCUUCAUUAUUUGAUGUUUAAAGCUAUUUUUUUUUCUUUUGAUGCUGCUAUCGUGUGAGGUGAUUCCACUGUACAGUUAAGCAUUCUAUUAUUCACAUAAGAUGGUACUUAUAAUAAAUGCAUUUAAAAAAAACUCAAAUUUAAUUAACAAACGGGACGCUCACAAAGCAGUAUUAUUGCCUUGUUGAA